GCCAGUAGGAUUUAAAACUCACUUUCCUACCUCGCCUCUUACCCUCCACCCCCUUAACUCCCUGCCUCCCCUCUCUCAGUCUCCUCUUCUCUCUGGUUGUGCUAAUGCACUUCACUAUCCAGCAACUCCUAGCACUCAUCUAAUCACUGAACAAUGGCCAAUGUCCCAGGCACAGAAUGACAAAAGGACAACAUUAUAACUAAAAUACUGAAGUGUCCAUCACUGGUGUGGUUUCCCCAUCUGGAACAAAGGCAUAAAAAUCCCUCGUUAUCAAUUUCAGAGACAGUGUAGCCAUCAGCCGUUUAGGGAAGCAGCUGGGAUGUUUUGUUGCACUGCAGCACCAUAAAUGCUCUGAAUCAAAUCUAAUUUUAUUUUAGCAUGUUUCAAGCUAUCAUCCACUCACUUUAGCAUUACAGAUAGAAUCCAUUGGCAAGCAAUUAAAUCAGGUCUCUUUCUCUUAGGGUCAUUCCCUCCUUCACUCCCUUCCCCUCCAUUUCACUUUAAACAAAUUAAAGGCAAAUCCUCUUGGUCAUGUGUUAUGACAGCGACACUCAUUCAAAUAGUGAAAGAGAGAGUGAGAGAUUGCUGCAGGGACGCAUUCAAUAAAAUCAACGCAAGUAUUCCCUGCUACUGAUUUUUAAGGAUUACCAGCUUUGCUGACAUCUCUCCUUGUCUCUGUUGGUGACAGUGCCUAACAACCAUCGCCAUGGGUGAAAUGGAGCAAUUGCGAAAGGAGGCAGACAGUCUCAAAGACCAAAUCACUGCAGCUCGUAAGGCCGUGCAGGACACCACACUGCAGGAGGCAGCAGCUGGGAUCACUGUGGUGGGGCGUGUCCAGAUGAAGACCAGGAAAACGCUAAGGGGUCACCUUGCCAAGAUAUAUGCAAUGCACUGGUCCACUGACUCUAAGCUGUGUGUCAGUGCCUCACAAGAUGGAAAACUCAUCGUGUGGGACAGCAUCACAACCAACAAGGUGAAUGCCAUCCCCCUGAAGUCAUCGUGGGUGAUGACAUGUGCCUACGCACCUUCAGGAAACCUUGUGGCAUGUGGAGGUCUGGACAACAUGUGCUCCAUCUACAACCUCAAAGGCAAGGAUGGGAAUGUAAAAGUGAUGCGUGAACUGGCAGCACACACUGGUUACCUGUCCUGCUGUCGAUUCCUCAGUGACAGUGAGAUCAUCACUAGCUCAGGCGACUGUACUUGUGUACUCUGGGACAUUGAGACUGGGACCCAAAAGACAGUUUUUGCUGGACACCAGGGAGACUGCAUGUCUCUGGCUGUGUCCCCAGACUUUAAGUUUUUCAUCUCAGGAGCAUGUGACUUCACUGCUAAGCUGUGGGACAUCAGGGAGGGAGCAUGCAGACAGACCUUUGGAGGUCAUGAGAGUGACAUCAAUGCCAUUGGGUUUUUCCCCAACGGUAAUGCAGUGAUAACAGGAUCUGAUGAUGCCACCUGUAAGCUGUAUGACCUACGAGCUGACCAGGACCUCAUCACCUACCAGGACUCUGGCAUCAUGUGCGGGGUGACCUCCUUGGCCCCUUCUCUUUCUGGACGGCUGUUAUUGGCUGGCUAUGAUGACUUCAAUGUCAACAUCUGGGACACACUAAAAGCUGAGAGAGUGGGUGUGCUGGCCGGUCAUGACAACAGAGUGAGCUGCAUUGGUGUAUCUGCAGAUGGCAUGGCAUGUUGCACAGGAUCCUGGGACAGCUUCCUGAAGAUAUGGAACUGAGUCUGUUCCUUGCCAGCAAGCAGACAGAAUGCAGUUAAUAUCUGCCUGGUAGAAAAUGAAGAUUUUGAGGGAGGGAUGAGGGACGAGGAGCCACAAAGAGUGAGAAGAGGGUAACUUAAUUGUGCCAAGUCCUAUCUAAUGUUGGAGAGGGGUUUUAAUGCAAAGAUUUUCUCCCCUCCCCGUCACAUUGCACUCUCACUUUUCUUCUCACAUAACAGGGGAAUUUGGGGUGGGACAAAAAAGCUAAGGGGCUCUGAGAAUAUCAUUCCUCUUUAUAGUUAAUUAUACUAUGGUUCAAGUGGAUGAAAGAUGCACAUUUAUCGCAGCAAUUCAACAUUCACCCAUUGAGAACAGAUGCCAAAAGGAAAUGGUAGGACACUGGACAAACAGAACUGAAUUUAAUGUGUCAAGUUGCAGCCUGUGUAGGGUCACACAAGCUCUAAAAUAUGCUGUUUUAUAUCAAACCAUAGGUUACACCAUAUGAAAAAGAUGAGCGUUUUGCAUUCAUGUUUCAGAAUUAUUUGUUCUUAGUUUUAGUAGCUUCCCUAGAUAUUUACACUUAUUUUCUUUUUAUUUUCUAAAUUUACUUAAAAUCAAGUCAUAGUCUGCAGAUGUCUGCAUUAGUGUUUGUUAUGUAUGUGACUGAUGGACAAUGCUGACCAGGAUUUUGGGCCUUGUUUUUUGGCCGGACCCCUCAAUAGCUAGACCUGCAAAGUGCUUUUGGGAAACUGCUGAACUGACAGCUGGGAUAGUAAAACGGUAUCUCAUGGUUCACUAAGCACUUAAAAAGAUGACCAAUUUGUCUCAGGACAAGACUCUUUGUAUGAGUGUCAUAUGGAUGAUGACAAUUGUGUGCAAACAUCUGAAUGUGUAUAUAUCUGCUUACAUUUUCCUCUGAAUGGUAACAAGUGAACUUGCACAGUUUGUGUAUAUACAGAUCCAAAUUUUUACCAUAAAAAUUGGGCUGCUUCUUCAAAACUUGAUACAUGCUGUGCAAAAUGAAGCAAUAAUGUCUAAUAAAGAUGGGUUUCUGCAUCA